GGCGGCCCGCGUCGGCGGGUGAGGGUGAGGGAGGGCAUGGCGCGGCCGCGAGCGGGCGCUGGGCCUCGUCCACCGCCCCUCGCCCGAGGUGAGAUAAGCCGAAUCCAGCUGGCUGAAGCUGUGCUAAUUGCCAGACGCCCUAGGAUUCGUCGUCUUUACCUCAGAAAUGCACCUCAGUUAUGGACUUGAAGAAUUUUGGAUCCUGGAGGAUCUGGAACAUAGCCCAUCCCUUUACAGAGGCGAAAGCCUGGUUUCCCCAGCCAUGUGCUGAGCAGAAUCCCUACCUGUGCGAGGAUGGACGCUUAUGGAUGAGGAUGUGUGGAGUGUGCAAGCCUUAGACAAAGGGUUUGUGCGGUAGCUGGUCCAACCCUCUUUCAGAACGAGAUCUGACUUUUAGGGGAUAAAUCUUUUUUUUUUUUUUUUUUUGGCUUUUUCGUUUUUACCGGUACCAGGGAUCGAACUCACGACUGCCUGCUUUCGAGGCAGCCACUUAUGCCGCUGAGCUAAAUCCCCAGCCCCUAGGGGAUAAAUCUUUAAACAACAAAUAUUCGAGUAUUCAGUCGGGCGUGAUAGUUCACGCCUGUAAUCUCAGCUACUGGGACAGCUGAGGCAGAAGAAUCGAGAUUUCGAGGCCAGUCUGGGCAGUAUAGCAAGACUCCGUCUCAAAAAAAAAAAAAAAAAAGGAGAGAGGGGAGCGGAGAAACAGGUGUUCUGGUGGCAACUGAGACACCCCAGAAGGGUCUGGCUUGGCUUACCAACUCCUGGAUACUCUGAUCAGUUCUUGGUCUUUCUCUGAAGCUCAGAGUAGAAACUGAUGGACUGUGGAGACAAAAGGUGAGGUAAGGUAUUACUAUGAAAGCCUAUCAUUCUUGGAUGGUGAAGGGAAAACACGAUUUGUGAAAGGUUGUGUGGAGCUUACUUUACAGACUGCAGCAGAAUCUAAAGAACAGGAUAAGAAUGGAUGGAAACCAAGGCUGUUUAUAAACCACCUACUUUAUAUUCACUGUUCCCACAGUGUCAUGCAGAGGGCAUAUGAGGAAGAAAAAGAAACAAGGUUAGACAUCACCCUGGUGAUCUGUGAGGCACAUAGGAUCUCAAAAGGAAGACUCCAUAGCAUAUGACCCUUCAGUUGAAAGGAAUAGCAUUUAAAUUAGAAAAGGAGGACGCUCAAAAUGUUAUUGUGGGGCCAGGGAUGUAGCUCAGUAGCACAGCACCUGCCUGGCAAACACAGGGUCCUGAGUUUGAUUCCCAGUAUCAAAAAAAAAAAAAGUUAUUGUGAUUUGAAAGAUAUGGAGAAUAUGGUUAUCUUUGAGCAGGGGGAGCUAGAUUCAUUCUUGAUGAGGAAAGCCAUUUCUUUCUAAAAAGCUGCACCAGAGAACAAAAGAAUUUCCAGGCCAUUCAUUUUACAGAAAACAUGGAAAAAAUUACAGCUAGGAAUUUAGAAAAUCUGCAUAAACUUAGAUGUAAAAGUUUUUAGCAGGCGGUUCUAUUGACAGAAUUCCCAUUUUACAGAUAAAUCUUCUGUUAAGAAAGGCGUUUGUCAUACAAGCGGUUGUCCCACUUUUCAUAUGGAGUGAUGAAUCUGGUCUAUUUUUUUGAUUUAAUCAGUUUUUUUUAAUUUGCAAAGAAAAUUCAGAUAUACAUGUGUUCAAUAUGAGCCCUUUGUGGUAGUACACACCUGUAAUCCCAGCCCUCUGGGAGGCUGAGGUAAUGCCAUCUCAAAUCUGAUCCCAGUCUGAGCAAUUUAGCAACACUAUCCCAAAAUUUUUAAAAAGGAAGAGGCUGUACGGGCUGAGAUUUUAGCUCAGUGUGAAGGUCCUGAGUUCAUUCCCAGUACUGUGAAAAGAAUAGAGCAAUGUGGAGAAAAGUGCGUGGGUUUUUUGUCUUUUUGUGACAGGGUUUCACUGUAUAGUUCAGGCUGGCCUUGAACUCAUUUUGUAACCCAGGUUGGCUUUGAACUUUCAGCUGAUCUUCCUGCCUCAGCCUCCUAAAGGCUGGGAUUACAGGCAUAUGCCAUCAUGCCAGGCAAGUAUAUGAUUUUUAAAUAGUAAUUUCUGAUUCUGAUUACCAAGGUCAGUGUUGCUUCCCUGAUAAAACUGAUUGUCAGUGUAUAUUUGACUUUGGAGUGGGAUUCCCCUCACAGAGAAAUAAGAGAAGAUACAUUGAAAACAAAAUGUAUAUAGAUCAAAUCAAUUUGAGUAAGAAAGAUUUGUCUUAAGUGCAUAAAUGAAUGCCAGAUUAUCACUGUGGAAACAGCUGCAGCUAUGCAUUUUGUUGACAUUUUGCACUUGUGGGAUUAUUUUGUGUGGAUACUUCAAAAAUAAGGAUGCAUUAUCAGAAGCCUGCAUAAUCUAUGGAGAAAAUGAGUAUUAGUAACCAAUUUCUGUCAGGAAAGCUUCCUGAAAAUAAUUGUAUUCUAUGUAGAAACCCCAUUACUUUAGUGUUGACUCAGGUGGAAGGAAGAAAGAGGCCAAAAUCCAAAUAAAGAUGUAAGAAGCCAGUUGUCCUCUACAGACUUGGAUUGGAUGUGAACCUAUACUGUGGAAGUGCAAACACUGCUUGAGUAAGUGAACUGGCUACCAAGUGCCCCAUGGAAUGCCACAAUCAGAAAGACACUUAUUUUGUCUCUUAAGAGGGGAGUAUUAGAAUUGUAGAGAACUCUCAAAGUGUUUCUACCGUUGCUAUGACAAUGAAACCUUUGACAAAUAAUUACUUCCUUCUACUUCAUUAUCAUGCAACUAACAGGUCAGUUAUCAAGUUUGACCUAUAAUAAAAUAAUCAACAGUAUUUGACAGGCCUAAGGUAAGAGGAAACCUUACCAGAUAAACCAGUAAUGCUAACAGGAUCUACUUUCACUGAACUGAAUUUUUUUUUUCUUUUUCUCUGUAUUGGACUUUGAAUCCAAGGGUUUCCUACAGUUCUACCACUGAGCUACAUCCCAGUCUUUUUAUGUUUUAUUUUGAGCUCUGUGUGAUGAUGCAUGCUUGAAUUUUGGGAGGCUGAAGCUGCAAGUUUGAGGCCCACCUGAACUACGAAGUGAGACCCUGUCUCAAGAAAAAGAAAGGAAAAAACAAGCACCCCCCCCCCCACACACACACACACUACACCAUGCUUUAGAACUGGUUUGUGAGAGGAGUUUGGAAAGUUUUAGAACUGCGUGCUGGAGGAGUAGUCCUGGAAUGCUGUGAGGCAAGCUAAAUGGGAAAUUCUGGUUAGAAUUCAGAAGACAGGAAUGCAGAUACAAAUGCAUAUGGUAAAGACAAGAGUAAGAUUUCAAUUGGGAACAAAGACUCCAUUAACAGGUAGACUUAAGAUGAUAUAUGUUACACUCUAGAAGAAAAUUCAUACAGACUUUGCUUAUGUCCUGAGACUGUGAGAGCAGAUUACAGGGUAUAGACUAAUUUGGCAGAGGAAAUUUCAAGGCAGCCCAACAUUCAGGUUAUGGGAUGAAUACUAUGGGGGCUAUUGGGUGCUCUACAGCACAUCUGAAUGAUUUAAAAUUUUUUGAAUUUCACCAUAGAGGAAGUGCCUGUAAAAUUGGUGGCCAAAAAGAUGGGAACAGAGGAGAAAUUAGCUUUUAAAAAGAAGCCAAAUGCUGGGCAUGGUGGUAUAUGCUUAUAAUUCCAGCACUCAGGAGGCUGAGGCAAGAGGAUUGCAGAGUUUGAGGCCAGCCUAGGAUACAGAGUGGGAAUAAGCAAGGAAAGAGCAAAGCCAGUCCCAAAGAGAAACCAUGGGGGCUAAAAUCAUCAGCAGUUGAAUACGGGGAAGGCCACCCAACUCCUUUGGAGAAGCAUCUUGCCACAACUUUCCCUAGGUGCUGGACAUAGAACUACAGGAUUUAAUGUUUGCCUUACUGGAUUUUGGUCUUGUUUUGGUCCAGUUUCUUUCUCUCCUGCUGUCCUGCCUUGGGGCCAGCCAACAGUGGACUGAAACUUCUGGAAGGGUGGCAGGUAUUAGAGCUCUGUGAUGAGAAAGUUACUAAAACUCGUGUUUUAUAAACAGGAAUGAGCCAGGUAUGAUGGGGCACACGCCUGUAAGGAGCCCAGGGUGGGACUGCCAUGAGUUCCAGGCCAGGCUGAGCUACACAGUGAGUUCAAAGCCAGCCUGAACCUUGUAUUGAGACCCUAGCUCCAAAAAAACCCCAAAAAAACCCUCACUAAAAUACUAUCACAUCAAACCAAGGAAAAGGAAAUGAAAAUUUUCUAUCUCUGUGCUUAAGUACUAUCACUUCUCAAGUAACCAGUGAUAAAAUAUGCACUUGGUUCCAGGAUAGCUUCAGAAUGGGAGAGUUCAGGUAGGGAAUAUAGUGCAGUGGAACAGCACCUGCCUGGCAAGUGCAAGGUCCUGACUGAGUUCAAUUCACGGUGCCUUCCCCUCUCCUCGCCCCCCCCCCCAAAAAAAAAUAGAAUUGAGAAGGUGAGGACAGCUAAUCUCUGAGAGCUGCUUCUGUCAGGAUUUCUAUCAGUUCUCUAUAAUGAAGGGUUAAGAACGAAGGCUGUGAAAAAUAGAAACCAAGUAUUGAGUAUAUGCUUUCCUUCUCAGCCAAGAUAACUGUUUUUCCCCAUCUGUCAGCUUUCAAUUUCUUAUGAGAACAGAGAACUCCAAAAUAGAAACUAUUCUACUUGGCUUUGAGACUUACCAUAUACUUUAUAUCCUCAAAGUUUUUAUUAUUUACUUUCACAAUUACAUUUUGCUUAAAAUGAUAACCUUAGGCCAGACAUGGUAAUAUAUAUCUAUAAUCUCAGCAGUACCUAUAAUCCCAACACCCUGAGGCUGAGACAUGAGGAUCAUAAAUUGGAGCCUGGUUUGGACAAAUUAGUAAUUAAUUUAGCCCUUGUCUCAAAAAAAAAAAGCAGUGGAAAUGGGAAUAUAGCUCAGGGUGAAAGCCCUGGGUUCUUUCCCCAGUCAUCUCCCUGCCAAUUAUAACCUUAGGCAAAUCAUGUAACCUCAUAACUUCUUUUUUCUCAUUGAUACUUGGAUGGAACAUAAUCUCCUAAUCUGUAUAAUUUGUAACACAAAAUGAAAUGAAAAUGACAUCAAUGUCUGACACUAGAGAAAUGAAACACUGGUUCUUAUAGUCAGUAACAUAUCAUAACGCUUAAACUGUUUGUGAGGAUUAAGGAUGUAACUCAGGUAAGAGUGCUUUCCUUGCAUGUGCGAAAACAUGGGUUUAAUCCCUGGUAUUGGGAAGGAAAAAAAGAAACUACUUAAAGUAAAAUGAAAAAUGUUUAUGUCAAAUGGUAAAUGAAAAAACUCCAGAAACAAAAUUAUGAAUAUAGUUUGAUCAUAAGUACCUCAAACAAAUGUAGCUGGGCAUGGUGGUGCAUACCUGUAAUUUGAGUACUCUGGGAGGCCUGUGGUGGAUUGACAGGUGGUCAACUUGUAAUACUUGCUGAACCGAAUCAGCGUGGUGGUGAGUAUAGAUGGCCCACCUAAAGAUUCUUGACUAUAUAAAAAGGAGAACUGGAGAGGAAGGGGUGGUAGUGUUGGUUUUCCUGGUGCUGUUAGUUCUCCUGGAGGACCUUGUCGAGCUUCUUUUCUGAUAGGAACUUGGCUAUUCUCAUCAGAGGAGCUUGGGACCUUGUUGUCACUGAGAAUAUCUGCGGUUCUCUUUGGGGAAACUUUGUUCCUUCCUUUGAGCAUCACUUCCUAGCUCUGGAGGGGACGAUGGUGUACUGCUUAGUCUCGUGGAGAAGCUAGUCACACUGGCUUCCUGAUAUGAACUGGACUAUUCUUAUCAUUGGAGAAGCUUGGGACCUCACUCUCACUGAGGAUGGCUAUGAUACUUUCGAGGGGAGCUCUGGCCUUUGUUUUACGCAUUGCUUCCUGGCUCCAGUGCAGAACCCUUAGCCUGCUGGCACAGAUCCUUCAUCCCACUGGCACAGACUUGCUAGCUUCCACCGCUGACCUUUGAGCCUUCUCAGUGCAGAUCUGUGAAACAGACUUGCAUGAGUCAUUGUCGUGGGCUCUAGGCCUCCCAUUGGACUUGUAGGAGGCAUUCUCAUAGGCUCUAGAUCUUUGGCUGAAUGUAUGUAGGACCUUGCAAUGGGAUCCAGGUCCUCAGCUGGAUUCUUUGAGGUCUCUUAUGUGUAGACAGAUUUUGGCACUUUCUGUGUUUGACUCUUUGGGUGACUAUUAUAAAAUAAUACUGACACAUAAUUAAAUUGUUUUCCUUGAAAACUCUGACUACAACACGGGCUAAAACAGGAGAAGCACAAGUUUGAGCCUAGUCUGGACAAUUUUAAGACCCUGCUUCAGAGUAAAACUUUUUUAAAACUUCUGGGUAUGAAACUCAGUAUAAAGGCCCUGGGUUCAAUUCUCAGUGUUGAAGGAAAAAUAAAACUUUUUGAAAAUUAAAACAGUAUUACAAAAAAAGAAUAUAAAAAGAAAACAUAGUGAUAUUAUAUACUAUAUAAUACUUUUUAUUAAAUUAUAUUUAUUUCAUUUUCUGAGAAAGAGCCUUGCUAUGUAGUACAUACCAGUCCUGAACUCUAUGUAGCCCAAUCUGGCCUUGAAGUUGUGACCCUCCUUCCACAGGCUCUCAAGUAUUAGGAUUACAGCACACACCACCCACCACACCCAUCCUAGAAGAGUUUGUGGGGUUUUAUUUAUUUAUUUUUUGUGUGUCUUUUGAGGCAAGAUCUCAUUUUGUAGUUGAGGCUGUCCUUGAACUCACUAUGUACCUUAGAGUAGCCUUAAACUAGCAGCAGUCCGCCUGUUUCAACCUCCCAAGUGCUGAAAUUAUAGGCAUGUAUUACCAAGCCAGGUCUAACACAAUUUAUAAAUACAGGGGAACUGCAAGUUCGAGGCCACCUUGGGCUACAUAGCAACUUCAAGGCUGGCAUGGACUACAUAAAGACCCAGUCUCAGAAAACAUAUGUACAUACAUAACAAACAAAUUGAUGUGAGGGAUUUGGUGUGUAGCUCAGUGGUAGAAUACUUGCCUCACGUGCACAAGACCCUAGGUUCCAUCCCCAAUACUGCAACAAUUAAUUUAAAAUGUGUGUGGAAAGUGUGGCAGAAACUGGGCAGUGCAAAUGUUUCCUAUUUCAGGUGUCAGUGAACCAAACUGUAAGGUUACCUAGAUCAUGAAUUUACUUGUAUGUCAUUGAAAGGUAGUUUUACAGAUCUUACAGCCUUUUCUGAGGCUGUUAUUUCUUUGGUGCUUGCUGAAGAGUUUUGACUCUUAGAUUUUUCUUUUGUGCUUGUUGAUGGGUAGCUUUCUGCAAAAAGGGUGACUGGACCAGUCCAGCCAAUGGGGAACCGUUUAACCUUCCCAGGCACUAGAGGCGAGAUAGCAGAGGUAGAUAACAUGUGUCUGGGUUGCUGUGUCCCUGGGUCCCUUAAGUGUGUCCUAUAGUGAAAAUCCAGAAGGAAGUCAGGUGAACCCCCCCAAACUAUCUUUUGCUGCCACAGAAAGAAUAGAGCACUUAUUUCUGCACAGAAGGUUGAAAACAACGAAAACCUGUCAUUUAGUUUUGUCCAUUGAAAACCAUUUUGUUUUGUUUUUGUUUUAGGGAUUGAACUGUGCCUUCACACUGACCUACAUCCCACUGAAAAAACAUUUUUCAUGAUAAUUUAAAAGUCACCCACUGGCCUGGAGAUGUAAUUCAGUGGUAGAGCACUUGCCUCGCACAUCCAGGGCCCUGGGUUCAAUCCCCAGCCCUACAAAAACAAAAACCUCACCUUUUGGGACCAUAGUUAAAACUAAAAUAUGUAGCAUAGUUUUUUCUGUGUUGGCUGCUUCAUGUACCUUACAGAUGUGUGCUGUGCAAAGUAGAGUGUUUGUUUACGUGCCUGCCACAGGAACGAUCUUUGAAUACUCCCUAUUCUCUUAGUCCUUGGAUCAUUCUUCUGUGCACUCCAGGUUCUUAUGUAAUGCCUGAUUCACUGUGUGUUUAAAAAUAUUGGGAAAUAGCUUGAUUCAUGCCAGUAAUUUCAGCACUAUAGGUAGUCAAAAUAAGGGGAUCACUGAUCUGAGCCCAACCUGGGCAACUAACUUAAACGCUGUCUCAAAAUAAAAAAUUUAAAAAGGGAUGUGGGCUGAGUUUGAUUCCCAGUACCAAAAAAGGAAAAAAAAAAAAGAUAUACAUGUGUCUCAGUGCAAAAGUGGCUGGCUUCCUUCCCCAGUACCAGAUUAGGAUAAGCUAGAAGGGAAUGAAUGAGUAAAGGACUGUAAUGGCUAAAUACUCUACCUUUAAAAGGGGAAUGGCAAAGAGGAGAGUCAUGUUUAAGGAAGGAAAAAUUCACUGAAGAAGCUAAUAGUCGCCCAGGUGGGAAUUUCUAAUAGACACUUAGAAGUAUGGAGGUGGAGUUGGAGUAUUCUGUCAGGGCUGGAGAUAAGACAUUAGGAAUAGAGCCAGGUGUAGGAGCACAUUUCUAUAAUCCCAGCGCUUUGGGAGGUUAAAGCAGGAGGAUCACUGUGAAUUCGAGACCAGCCUCGGCUACAUAGUGAAUUUAAGGUCCAUCUGAACUGAUUAGUGAGACCCUGUCUCAAAAAAAUAAAAAUAAAAAUGAGGUUAGGAAUAUUUUCCUGGCAGUCACAGUGAAAUUGACGGAUAAAGUUCCUUGGAGAGAGAGUAUGGCUGAGGAUGGAAAUUUUCAGGGGAGUGUCAGUCUGCCUUUGGCUGUUACGCCAUAAGAGAAAAGAAUGAUGCUGUUAUUGCCAUAUUUUUAAAAUCAAUAAAGGGCCAGGGGUAUAGUUAAGGGUUUGAACACUAACAUGAACAAGGCCCUAGGUUCAAUCCCUAGCACUAAGGUUUAAAAAAAACAAACAGUAGAGAUAUAAUAUAGAUGAUACAUGGGUGCUUUUCCUGUUAUUAUCACCUGUAGCUUUUUAUACUUUAAAAUUUUUAAAUGUAUUUGUUUUCUUGAGACAGGGUCUCACUGUGUAGUUCUGGCUGGCCUGAAGCUUACUAAAUAGCCUCAACCUUCCAGAGUGCUUGGGGUAUAGGCUUGCACCCAUGUAUCCAGUUGAGCUGACCCUUUUGUGCACUGGUUUCCUUCCUGGAACAUGGGUGGAGGAGGGCGGAGUAGGGAAUUGGUCUAUACUGUGAUUCCCCGGUGGCCUGCCUAAGAGUUUAUUCUGUAAGUACCGUGUGCUAACCCAUUACACCACUGGAGCUCCACAACCUAGAACUUUACUGCCCUGACAGUUUUUUGAGCUGGGGAAUAGCAUUUUUCCCCUGCCCUAGUUUUGUUUUUGCUCUUAGUGUUUUUGCUCUUUGUUUUUGCUCUGUUCAUAGAAACAAACCAUAGAGAAACUAAAUUUUCUCCGUGGACUCUCUAGAUCAUUGAAAGCCAGGUUCCAGAUAAUUAAUUAUAACUAUAGUUUGUAAAACUCCAUCCUGAUUUCUUUACUUAGGCUCUUAUUUUUCAGUGGGAACAUAAAUGCAGCACAAUAAACCUCAUACCUAUCUGAAAUCAUUAGUAUUAUCAUUUCAGGCUCUUUAAGUUGUAGGUUUGUUAGUGGGGAGAUGUAACUGUAUGUAGUCUUUUAGCUGUGAACAUGCAUCUAGAACUCGGAAGCUGAACAUUUGUUCCAGGUUCAGUCUCUGGGGGUGAAGUAUACCUAUCUUUGCUCUGUGGGUCCAGCUCUGCUAGUUAGGUGUUGUUUGCCCAUCAGGCACACUACCUCAAUUCUGGAACUCAAGGGGGCCAGAAGAAAAGCUGAAGGACAGUAAGACAUACUUAUCUAAUUCUUGGUAUACAACUGUUGCUAAAGGUUACAUGAAAGGCAUUCUUGUUUAUUUCUCAACAGAUUCCUGGUUUCUACAAAGCAAAACAUUGGUCUUUUUGGGUUUGUUUUAUUUUCAUUUUUGAGGCAGGGGCUCACUAUGUAGGUCAGGCUGUCCUUGAAUUCACUAUGGAGUCCAGGUUUGCCUCAAACUUGUGGUGAUCUUCCUGCCUGUGCCUCCCAAGUGCUGGGACUGUAGGCAUGCACUACCACAUCCAGCAAAAAAUUGAUUUUCAAAUCCUUCUUUUCUUUUUUUUUUUUUUUUUUUGGCUGGGGAUUGAACCGAAGGUAUUCCUCAGGCUAAGCACAAGUUCUAGUGCCAAGUUAUCUCCCAGCCCCUAUAUAUAUUUUGAAAUUUUAGCUCCUUUACCAUGUUUUUGUGUUAAAGAUCCUUUUGCAACUGGUUAUUAAGUCUUACGGUGAGUUCCACAAUAUUAUUCAGGGUAGCUUGUACUCCUUGGAUAGUUUAUAGUCUUAAAAGUUUUAGCUGGGCACAGUGGCAUAAGGCUGCAAUCCCAGCACUCAGGAGGGUGAGACAUGAGGGUCAUGAAUUUGAAGCCAACCUGGGCUAUAUAAUGGGUUCAACACUGGCCUAAAAUAUGCAAUGAAAGCCUGCCUUUAAAAAAAAAAAAUAGUGACAUACGGCCUGUAAUUCCAACACUAGGAGGCUGACACAGGAGGAUUAACAUGAGUUUGAGGGCACCCUGGGCUACACAGAGUUCAGUCCAGCCUGAACUACAUAGAUCCUGUCUUAUUAAAAAAAAAAAAAAGAGCUGGGGAUUUAGCUCAGUGCCAUAAGCACCUGCCUGGCAAGCACGAGGUCAUGAGUUCAAUCCCUGGUACAAAAAAAAAUCCAAGCAGAACAACCAAUGUGGACCAAAGUCUCAGAGCAAGACUGAAGGAAUCUGGUGUAGUAGUAACUGCUAGCCUCUUGAAUACAAAUGUAAUGAAAAAGUGAUGUGGUGUGUUAGAGACCUGGGAAGCCUCCUAUCCACACUGCAGACCUAUUUGUGAGCCCUAUCAAAUAAUUUGGGGGCCAGGAAUAUAGAUCAAAUGCACAAGUGCCUACCUGGCAAGUACAAGUACAAGGUCCUGAGUUCUAUUCUCAAUACAAAAAAAAAAAAAAAAAAAAAAAAAAGAACUUGAUUGGGACUUAUCCAGCAGGCACUUGAAGGCUAGAGAAGGAAAUGAUCAGGAUCAGCAGAACUGCGGGUGUCUUUGGGGAACUAGAACAAUGAAUGUAUUGAAGAGAUAAUCCACAUAUCCAGUUGAUGGAAUAAUGGAUUGGCCUUAGGGACAGAGAGACUUCACUGCAGCCACAUGGCUGCUUGUAAACUGGUUAGGUUUGAGUCAUUUUCACUUGGUUGAGUCCACUGUCACUUUCCUUUUCUUCACAUCUGUGUGUUGGCAUUUGACUGAAUGUAUCCCAUUCCUGCUGAGUCCCUAUGAUCUUACAAGGCUUGACAGUGCAGUAUGCUUCACUGGUAAGGGAGCAUCUUACCUGUAUGGGACUGAGGUAACUAGGCCAUGUCAUGUAGAGGAGGGCUGAAAAUUGGAGAGAUGGUUUUGGGUGAGGGGACCCUUUUGGCAGUUGAUGUAACAAAAGGCAGCAGACAACUCAUCUUCCUGAUUCUAAGCUUAAUACAUUAUUUGACCGUUGUUUUCUUUCCUGAACAGUUAAACUUCAUAUUGCCUCCAACUACUUAGGCUAGUGACAUAGGAGUAUCUUUUCUUUUUCUUCAGUUCCUAGGAUUCAACCUAGGGUCUUUGCACUAAGCUACAUCCCAGCCAUUUGCUUUUGUUUUAUAACAAGAUCUCACUAAAUUGCUCAGUCUAGGCUUGAAUUUGUGGAAGCUUUAGGCUUCCACAGUGCUGAGGUUACAGGUAUGCAUUAGCACACUCAGGAUUCCACCCCCUCUGCUCCCACCUCCACGCCCACCCCUUUAAAUCCAGGGCCUUGCACCAAGCUACAUCUUAAGUCACAAAUAUCACCCUUCUUUUUUGAUUUUUUUGUUUGUUUGUUUUGGUUUUGGGUUGUUGUUGUUGUUGUUGUUGUUGUUAUUGUUGUUUGAGACAAGUUCUUACCAUGUGGUUCAGGCUGGCCAUGAACCCACUAGGUUAGCCCAGGCUGGUCUCAAAACUUGGAGCAGUCCUUCUGCUUCAUCCUAGUCUUCAGUGCUAGGAUGACAAUCAUGCACCACCAUAUCCAGGGCUAGCCCUUUUUAUUUUUCUGUUUUGAGACAGCAAUACACCUGUAAUCCUAGCACUUAGGAGACUGAGGGAGAAGCAUCACUGCAAAUGUGGAGGCCAGCCUAAACUACAUAGCAAGACCUUUCUUCAAAAAAAAUUUUUUUAAUUAAAAAAAUAAAACCAUAAGACAGAAUGGAAUCUUCAAGGGAGUAUAAAUAGGGAACAGAAAUGGACGAGGCCCUGAGCUGUGGUUACUACAGUCAUCACCCAGAAAAUCUAGCAGUGAGGACUGAAAGUUGGAAGGAAAAUUGAGAUGUUUGUGUUCUGGAAGCCUGGUGAAAAAGACUGUGGAAGGUGGGUGGGACAUAACCGCAUUGGAUGCUGCUGAUAGGUCUGAGUGAGCAGAGUAGGAGAACUGACUUGGAUUUAGCAACAUUUUAAUUGUAUUGACAAAUAUCAGGUAGCUGAAGCUUAGUUAUUUGUAGUGUGAUUUAUGGCCAAAAGUGUAGGCUUUUCAACCAUGAAUCUGGACACAGAGCAUCAUAAGAGUUGUGUAGUUGCUGUUUGAAGUUCUAAACAUUUUGUAUUUUUAGAGGAGAGGAGAAUGAGGGUUUGAACCAGGCCUUCACACUGAACUAUACCCCUAGCCCUUUUUUAUUUUGUCACUAGAUCUAAGUUGCUUGGAACAGGCUGAUUGGAACUUACGAUUCUCUUGCCUCAGCUUCCCAGAGUGCUAGGAUUAUAGGCCUGCAUUAUCACAUCUAACAAAAUAUUUUACUCUUUCCUCCUACCUCCUUGGCUCCAUUCUGUACUGAGGAAAUGCUUGGAUAGAUGUUUGGACUUCUCUGGAGAAAAGGGAGUAUGCCAAUUACAGGCUGACUCUGUACUGUAGGCUUGCGAACAUGCUGGAGAAUGAUUCCACAGCUUCCUGCUAAGCUUGUGCUCUAUUGCUGAUCUCUACCCUCAGUCAAACUGGCUUUUUCAUUGACUUUGGGUUGCUGGGUUUUGUUUUUUUUUUUUUUUUUUUUCUUUUUCUUUUUCUUUCUAAACUACCAGUGUCUGUCUAUGAGAAUUCAGCUCCAUGGUGUGGACAGUGCCUUUCUAAUACAGAACUCAAAAGUGCCGUACAGAUAUUGUAUAUCAUUUACCAUUUUAAGUUAGGCUAAUUUAUAUCCUGCUGAAUGCUGUCACAGAACUGUGUCUUUUUUUUUUUUUUUUUUUUUUGUCUUUUUCCUUUUUAUCGGUACUGGGGAUCGAACUCAUGACUGCCUGCUUGCAAGGCAGGCACGUAGGCCGCUGAGCUAAAUCCCCAGCCCCUCAGAACUAUGUCUUCCCUCUUCCUUUAUAGUACUAAUCUCAAAUUGUCAUGACAUGCUUAUGGUUUUUGUUUGUUUGGUUUGUUUUUUGUCUUUUUGAGGCAGAGGCCCAGGCUGGCCUCGAAUUCUCAGUGAUUCUUCUACCUCAGCCGCUUGAGUGCUGGGAUUGCAGGCGUGUACCAACAUGAGCAGCUCAGUUUGUAUAGUUUUUGAUUGUUUUAUCUCUCCCAGACUGUACAGUCCUUUUGAACAAAAGCUGUAACUAUUUUGUUCACUAACCUAGCCUGUGCUUUGUCUAUGGUUUGUGUUUGGUUGUCCCCCCUAGUACCUCAUGCCAUCAUGGAGACAGGCUUCUAGAGUUUGUGACUGAUUCAUAGUCCAGUUCUGGGAUUAUGGGUGUGAGUGCUAGACACAAAUGGUUGUGGCCUAAUACAUAUAAGAGACAGAGUCUUCUCUUGCACUCUUCUCUUUUUGCUUUUGUUGUUUUGCUAUCUUCUGCUGCCAUGAGCUGUUGCCCCUCUGCCAUGCCACUGUGCUUGGAGCCAACGAUUAUGGACUGAAACCUCCACAAACUGUGAGCUAAAUAAUCCUAUCCUUUCUUAAUUUUGGGUAUCAGGUAUUUUGUCUCAGCAAUGAGAGAAAAAUAACCAAGACAUGACCCAUAACAGAUCCUUAAUAAAUGUAUAUUAGGAGCUGGGGAUUUAGCUCAGCGGCAUAAGUACCUGCCUUGCAGGCAGGCAGUCGUGAGUUUGAUCCCCGGUACUGGUAAAAAUGAAAAAAAGACAAAAAAAAAUGUAUAUUAAUGAGUCUGUCUGCAUAAAUUGCAGGUGUAAUUUCACACAUAAGCACCUAAAAUAGCCUAUAAUUAGCUCAGCUAAAGUCACAGUCUGUUUUAAAAUGAGGUUGAAGGGCUAUCUCAUACUACUUAGGAGCCUGAUAUUAGCUUUGGCCACAGAGUUUUAUUUUAACUUUUUUGAUAGAGUGCAGUUGAACCUAGGGCCUUACUCAUGCUAGGCAAGAACUAUACCACUAAUCUACAUUCUCAUCCCAACAAUAUUUUAUUUUAUUUUAUUUAUGUUGAUACCAGGGAUUGAACUCACAGGCAGGCACUUAUGCCACUGAGCUAAAUCCCCAGCCCACCAACAUAUUUUAUAGUUAGAACUCAAGUAUAAAAAACUAUCUAGGCCAUGCAUGGUGGUGCACACCUGUAAUCCUAGCACUCAGGAGGCUGAAUUAUGAGUUCAAGGCCAGACUAACCUACAUAGUGAGUUUAAGGGCAACCUUAACUACAUAGCGAGAUCCUGUCUCGAUAAACAGGCAAACAAACAAACCAUCCAUAGAAAAAUCUAGUUUCCAAAUGAAUCUUUUGACCUUAUCCUUCCAAAUGGGAUUAUGACAAAGUCUGGUGGCACCUCAGUCUGUGGGAGGUUCAGAGCUCUGGCAGCUGCUCUCGCUGGGAAACUCCAGGUUUGGUGCUGGCUCUCUGUCCAGUCUUGGGCUAAAUGGACUUUGGGACUGAACUGGGGCUUCCACCUUUCUGUUAUGCCAUACCUUAUUGCUAAGCCACAAAUAAACAUACACCAUUUCCAUACUUAACAGCCAUAAUUGUUUGCUUACUUAGUGAUAGAGGGGAACUGUCUUUGAACCCUCUCUUUUAAUAUGAAUUCUCUUCAAAUGACAUCUUUUUUUUUUCCUCUUUUGGUGAUACUGGAGUUUGAACCCAGGGCCUUCAUAUUGAACUAUAUAUAUUCCCAGGCAGGGUCUCACUGUAUAGCCUAAGCUGGCCUCAAACUCACAGUCUUGCCUUGGCCUACCAAGUGCUGCAAUUAUUGGCAUAUGUCACUAUACCUUGUGAAAAGUAUCUUUAUGUAGACUCAGCAAUUGCUGAGACCAACUAGAUCACUGGGACUUAACCUCAUACUAUUUCCUCAGAAAACUUGUUCUCUUGGCCCCAACCAUUAUCUCCAUACUGAUAAAUGUCUCUCAAAUUAAGCUUACAGGAUUUUCUUUAUUUUAGAGAAACAGAGUUUUAAUUCAUAUAUAAUCAUUAUAAAUAUGAGCUCACAAACAAAUGGGUUGUUCUAUGCCCUUAACUACUUAUAAUGAUUUUUUGUUUUUGGUGGUACCGGAGAUUGAACUCACAAUCUCGCACUUGCCAGGCAGGUGCUUACAUUGCUGACCUAAACCCCAGCCCCCCAUAUAAUGAUUAAAAAUUGAAGCAUGUAUUUUUUUUAUUUUUAACCAGUACCAGGGAUCGAACUCAUGACCACCUGCUUGCAAGGCAGGUGCUUAUGCCACAGAGCUAAAUUCCUAGCCCCGAAGCAUAUAUUUUUAAAAUUGAGGUAUAAUUUACAUACAAUUAGGUGCACAGAUCUUAAGUAUACAAUUUGAGGAAUUUUAACAAUUUUUCAUCACGUAACCAUAGCACCAGUCAAGAAAUAGAACAUUUCCAUUACUGUAGCAUGUUUCCCUGUGUUCCUUUCUGGUUAAACCCCCUACUAGUUAAACUUCCACCACCACCACCACCACUUCUGUCUUUGGACCACUGUCACUAUAAAUGAGGCUCCUGUUUUUGUUCUUCAAAUGUAUGGAUUCUUGUUGGUUUUUUGUUUUGGUUUGGUUUGGGGUUUUUUGGUACCAGGAAUUGAAUACUGGGCCUUGUAUUUGCCAGGCAGGUAGUACACUGCCGAGCUACAUCCCUGGACCCCAAAUACAUGGAUUCUUUUUUUUGUCUUUUUCCUUUUUAUCAGUACCGGGGAUCGAACUCACAACUGCCUGCUUGCAAGGCAGGCGCUUAUGCCGCUGAGCUAAAUCCCCAGCCCCUAUAGAUUCUUACAGAAUGGGUUUUGUGGGUGUGUGCCUGGCAUCUUUCAUCCAGCACAAUGUUAGUAAGUUCCGUACAUAUGACUACAUGUACUAAUAGUUCAUUUUUACUUCUUUGCUUUGUUCCAUUGUAUGACAACAGUAUAAUUUGUUUAUUCAUUCUCCUAUUAAUGAACAUUGGGGUUUAUUUCUCACUUAAGUCAGUUCAAAUAAGGUAUUUGUGAACAUUUACAUAAAUUUGUGGACAUGUAUUUUUAUUUCUCGGAUAAAUAUCUAUGAAUGACAUUGCUGUGAUUGGAUUCAUAUGUGUAACUUUAUAUGAAGUUGUCAUUUUUAAAUGGUUGCACCAUUUGACAGUCCCAUCAAGGUUGUAUGUUCUAUAUUGUCUCCAAACUUUAGAAUUGUCAGCCUUCUUUAUCUUAAUCAUUCUAAUGGGUGUCUCACAGUGCUUUCAAUUUGUGUGGCCCUAGUGACUGUGAUAUGGUAUCCUUUUUAAAAAUAUUUUGUUUUAUUUUUUAUUUUUUAACACCAAGUACAUUCAUCAGAAAAGAUAUGCUUUCUUAUGUGCUUAGUACCCAUUCCUGUAUUCUGUUUUGGUACCUGAGGUUGAACUCAUGACCUCACACUUGCCAGUCAAGUGCUUUUGCUGCUGAACUAAAUCUCCAACCCCGUAUUCUGUUUUGAAAUUUGUCUUUUUAUUGUUAAUUUGUAAGUGUUCUUUAGCAGCCAAAACCGUUGUUAUAUAUGUAGGAGAUUUUUUUCCCUCAGUGUACGGCUUACCUUUUCAUUUUUAAAAUCAAGUCUUGUUCUUUUCUGUUUGUUUGUUUGUUUGUUUGUGACAAGGUCUCACUUUGUAGUUCAGGCUGGCCUUGCAUUUGCAGCAUUCCUUUUACCUCAGCCUCCCAAGUGCUGGGAUUGCAGAUAUGCACUAUCAUGCCUGACUUAAAUGGCACAUCUUUUUUUUAAUUUUUUUUUUUAUUUAAGGAGAAAAAGAAAAAAAAAAACAGAAAAAGAGUACAAGUUAUACAGAAUUUCAGAAAAAAAUAAACAAUAGGAAAUCACUAGUUAAUAGAUUACAUAUUGUUAUCUUAGAAAUAGUUGUUCAAGUUAUAAAAUUAAAGCAUAUAACGUGGACUUUCAAACAGUGAGACUGCAAACAGUUUUGUUCAAUGAUGCAACAAAACUCAGUAAUAUGGUUAUCUGUCUUAUACAUUUAAAUAUGUAUGCAGUUAUAACCUUUAGAGCACUUUCUUUUCCUUUCUUUUGUACAAUGACUAUUACACAUUUUGGGUUUUAUUACUCCCACAGUUCUUACUACUUUUUUUCGAGGAGAGUAAAACCAAAUGUGACAUAACAGAACAGAGUCAGUCAAAUCAAAAGGAUAAACAUAAUAGAUAAUGUAAAAACAAAAUACUAGGAGAUCAACAAUGGUUACCAUACUGCCUCUUGCUAUCUUAAAAAGAAUUGCCUAUAUCACAGUUAUAAUAAAAUUGAACAAAACAGUAAAGAAUAAAACCAAAAAAUUGGAGACAUUACAGGACUUUAAAAGAAGAUAAUAGUCAACCGGAAUGGGCGUCAUAAUGAAUCUUACUUUCUUUACAGUUGUUGCCUAUACUUUUGAACUUGGUACUAUCAAGCAAAGCAGAAUAGAGGAAAAUCAGUCAAAGGAAGAUGGUGACGGCUAUACAGGGUUUCAAGUCAAGUUAAUAGGAAAUCAAAGUGGGUUACUAUAAUGUAUCCUGCUUUUUUAUUUUUCCCUUAAUUAAAAAGAUAAAAAUAAAAAAGUAAAUAAUUUUAAAAAAGGAGACUGAGAUAAAAGAGGGCAAAACAACAAAACAGCACAGGUCAAAGCAUAACCAUUUAAGCAAAAUAGUGUUUCACCACAAGAUAUCCUGACCUAAAAGUAGUUACCAUAGUGUCUCUUUCCUUGAAAUCUUUGAGUAUAACUUCAUAUACUGUAGCACCAAACAUAUCAAGACAAUGUAAAACCAUUCAAGGGGAAUGACGGUAUUACAGGGUAUUUAGAACCAACUAUCAGAAAAUGAACAAUGGUUUCUGUAUAAUCUCCUUGUCUAUAAAAGUUUUUGUUUAUAUUAUCACAUAUAAUAAAAUACAAUAAGAUACAACCUGUUGAGACCGAUAGAGACAGAAGAGUAAAAGCUUGAUGGGACUUCAAAGCAAGAUGAUACUAAUCUGCACUAGCUAUUAUGAUGUCUUGUUUUCUCCAAAAUAGCUGUUCCUGCCAUCCAGUCUUCUCUGCCUCAUUUCUGUUGAGAUGUUUUUCUGUCGUUUGUUGUCAGUUUGUCUUCUUCAUUUCGCUCUCUGCUCCAUUCAUUGUGGCAUCUCUGCCACUGUUUCUGAAGUCUUGGUAUUUUCCUUUUUUAGAAUAUCCUGCAGUAUUCUCUGUAGAGUUGAAUUGGUGGUUGCAAAUUCCCCUAGUUCCUCUUUAUCCUGGAAGCACCUUGUUUUUCCAUCAAUUUCUAGGGACAGUUGUGCAGAAUAUAUCAAUCUUGGCUGGAGGUGGUUGUCUUUCAAAGUUUGAAUUAUUUCCCCCCACGCUGUUCGUCAUUUGAUGGUUUGUGCCGAGAAGUCUGCUGUAAUUCUGAUGGGUGUUCCCUUGUAAGUAAUCUGUUUCUUGUCUCUCACGGCUUUUAGUAUUCUGUUCUUAUAUUGGAUUUCUGGAAUUUUGAUUAUUAUAUGCCUGGGUGUAGCUCUGUUGGUUGUAGAUGGCUGGGGUCCUGUACACCUCAUACGUCUGAGUAUCUUUACCCUUUGCUAAAUUAGGGAAAUUCUCUUGGAUUAUUUCUGUGAAUAGUUUUGUAGUCCAUUUGUUUGUGUCCCUACUUCUUCUUUUAUGUUCUUAAUUCUUAAGUUAUAGAUCCUCUUAUCAUCUUCUAGCCUUUGUAUUAUUGCUGUUUGUUUUCUUGUUAUUUUUAAGAAGUUUUUCAUUUCAUGCUCCCAUAUUACAAAUCUUCCCUCCAAUUCAGAUAAUCUAUCCUUAGUUUCAAGCUGUUAUGCUAGUUUUCGAUAGAGUUUUUAGUUUCCUAGUAAUCUCUUUGAACCUGCUUCACAUAUUCUAUGUUUUCUCUAUUUUCUCCAUCAAACAAUUCUUCCCUUUUUUUCUGUUCUUCCAUUCCACCAUCUGUUUUUUCUUGGGCGGUGCUUAGCAUUUCUCUAACUAUUCUGCUUAUAUCUUGCUUUAUUUCAUUAAAUACUUCAUUUUUAAACUCAUCUAUGAGGCUCUGGAGAUACUGCUUUAUGUCUAUUGGUGCCGUGUCUGAUAUUGCAUGUUUUCUGUCUUCCUUUGUGUUUCCCUUUCCUGGAUCAGUGUUCUCAGGAUUGGGGACUGAGGACCCUUUCUUGUUGCUUCCUCUUCCCAUACUUUUUGUUCUUUCCAUACAAGUGAAUGUAGGAGGCCCAAUUUUUUUCUUUUUCGGUUACAGUUUGUUUGAAUUGUGCCGGCUAGGUGUUCCUGCCCACUGUAGUGUACUAGGGAGACACAGACCUGGGCAGCCUAUGUUGGGCCCACCCCUCCAGGUCAGCCUACCAAAGGCUUCACCGCUAAGGUGCACCUCCAGGCCCUGGGACCUGGUGUGGGCUAGCCUAUUGGGUCUUGGUCAGCGGUGUCACGCAGGCCAGGCACUCCCCACCAAUCCCACUUGGGAGGGGAAUAUGUGACUAAUGUCUCUGCAGUGCUCUAUUCCGGCAAGUCUGCCCGGUGCCAGUAUGUCCUUUGCUGGAGCCUCCUACUCUAUGAAAGGGUCCCCGUUCCUCUCACUCACUGCAAGUCGAUGUAGGGCUCCCUGCUAGUCCCACUCUCAGCUCCAUUGACAGAUGCCCGCUCUCAGAGCUUUCGCGCGUCUCUCUCUCUGCCCUGCAGAUUUGUACAUAGCAGUGGCAGCAGGAAGUUGUAAUCGCAGCUUCCAGUGGCACGGGUUCUAGCUUCGGUGCUGAGAUUUUAUCUGUUUCUGUUAUAGCACCAGGAUUGGAUUUCCAGUUGGUUUCUCUUAGCUUAGUUCAUUCCUGGGUCGGCAGGGUGUAUCUCCCCUUUCUUAGGACUCCUCAUACCACACCAUUCCUGGAUUUUAAGUGGGGUAUCUCAGAGACCCUCCAUAGCUGCUGCUAUCUAUCUGCCAUGUUCUUCUGGAAGCUGAAAUGGCACAUCUUUUAAUGAGCAGAAAAAUACUUCAAAUUUUGAAACCACUUGUGUUAGCUCCCUGUUACUAUAACAAAUAUCUGAACUUAGGGCCUUUUUAACCUGGGCUACAUUCCCAGCCCUUUUUUAUUGUGUUAUUUUGAGAUGGGGAUUAGGUUUAAUGUUUUGACAGAAAAUUAAUUGCAUUAGUGUGGCUUGCAGAUUAUAUUAAAAGGCAGUAACUUCAUCUAUAGAAAUUCCUCUUUUUAAAGCCUAGUACUAAAAAUAGCCUAUUUUGUAAUUUAAAAAAACAUGGUUACAAAGCAAACUAUUACCUGAUAUUUUUUAAAUAGUUUGAAUACAGCCACUUAGCCUCCAUCCAUCUGUAACUUUCUGAAGAGCUGACUACUUCUAAUAGGACCAAAGAGACACAAUCAUAGGACAAGUAAUUGUACUUGAAAAUAGCUAAUCAAAAAUAUUCUAAAAGAUACACUAAGAGAGUUUUUUAGAUGUGAAUAUCUGUGUGUGUGUGUUGUGUGUGUGGGGGGGGGGGACCCAACCCAGGGCCUUGUGCAUGCUAGUAAGUGCUCUACCAUUAAGCUGCAUCUGCAGCCCAAGGUGAAUUUUUUAAAAAUGAAUGAAAGGUAACAUGACAGAAGAACAUAACAACUCGAUUUCAGUAAAUAUUUCUCUCAACAUAGACAUAACUGGAUAGAGCAGAUGCAAAGGAAGGGAAAUACUUCUAACAAAUUUAUCUCCUUGGUCCAUUUGUAUUACAUACUGAGGGGUAUGAGAAAACUAGCAAGUGACUACACUGUACUCAACUGCUGUAAGCAAAACUGAGAGACAUUGUGGUGCAAAGGGAAAUGCCAGAUGGUGGAUGAUGCACAUUUGUCCCAGGUUUCAAAAGGUUGAAGAAACACUAUCUACAAGUGUCUGAGAUUGAUAUUGAUGAUUCCUAAGAAUAAUAGUGGGACUUCUUUUUAAGCAAAUAAGUGAUUCCUGCAUAUUCCCAAAGGAAAUUGAUGAACACUAAAAGAUGUGUAACCUUUAUGAUUUUAGGGGGAUGCUUGUUUUUGGUUUGAUUUGGUUUGGUUUGGUUUGGUAACAGAGUCUCCCUAUGUAGUUCAGACUGACCUUUUUUUUUUUUUUUUUCUUUUUGGUACCAGGGAUUGAACUCACAACCUCACGCUUGCCAGGCAGGCACUUAUACCACUGAGCUAAAUCCCCGGCCCAGACUAACCUUUAAACUUACUAUGUAAGCUAGUCUGGCCUCCUUCCUCAGCCUUCCAAGCACUGGGAUUAAAUGAUGUUCUACUAUGUCCGGCUGCCCUUUAUGAUUAAAAAGGACAUCAUCUAACAAACCUUCAUGAAUGUAUAAUACUAUACCAGAUGCCUUAAGUGAUAAAAAUCUAAUAUUUGACCUUGAGAUUAUGGUCAAUUCUGAUUCUGUUGGGAUUUUUUUUUAAAUGCAUUUAUGGAAUUGGUUGGUCUGGGCAUUGUGAAAUAUAGAUAUCAUUUAUUUGAUUGUGAGUUGUGCUUUACAGUUUCUCAUCCCACUGGACAAAAGGACUAGUGAGGGCCAGUACAAUUCUAUGAAAUUGUAAUUACUUGAAGUACCUAACCCACAAAGUAAUAGAAGCCUCAGGUUCCUCAUCUGUCUCAUGUUAUAACAGUUAAAUACAGAAGACUGGAAUAUAGUGUUUACUUAGAAAAAUGUUAGCUAUUAUUGGCUUGAAGACAGCAUGUUGAUACAAAGUUGAUGGAAAGAGUGAAAAAAUAUCCAAAAUUAUCUCAAUUGAUAAACAACUGCCCAAAUUAAAUCAAGUGAAAUUGAUUAGAGAAACAAGUUGAAGUACUGAAUUUUGGUUCAAAAAACUAGAAUUGGUACAUCCAUUUUCAUAACUAUUUUUCAUAAUAGCUGAAAUAUUCAGCUCGGAUAUCCAUUGACAGAUGAAUGGAUAAGCAAAAUGUGGUAUAGUCAUACAAAUGAGUGCUCAUUUGGCAGCACAUAAACUAAAAUUGAAAUUAUACAUAUGAUGGAAUAUUUUAUUAUUUUUAUUACUAUUAUGGAAUAUUAUUCAACCUUAAAAAGGAAGGAAAUUCUGACAUAGGUUACCACAGUUUUUUUAUUGUUGUUGGUUUGGCUUGGUUUUGUCUUUUUGAGAUACCAUAUUAGUACACUGUUCAGGCUGGCCUUGAGUGCACUUUAGCCCAGGCUGAUCUCGAACUUGCAGUGAUCCUUCUACCUCAGGACUGCUGAGAUUACAGGCAUGUGCUUCCAUACCCAGGUGUUUGGUUUUGUUUUUGAGACAGAGUCUCUCUGUGUAGCUUUGAACUUGCUUUGUAGCCCAUACCAGCCUAGAACUUGGAAUCCUCUUGUCUCUGCCUCUCAGUGCCAAUUAAAAAAAUUUUAAGGCUUGGGAGUUAAUCCAGUGAUAGAAUUUAUACCUAGAAAUCGUGAGGCCCUGAGUUCAAUCCCCAGCACUGCAAAAUAAAAAUAAAACCUGACUACCCAAGAACAGAAUAUUUACUAGGACCUUUAAGAAGUCCUGCAGUGUGAAGAUGACAUAGCUAAUCUAUAUUCUGAAAAAGAGGCAAAAAGGGACUGGGGAUUUAGCUCAGCGACAUAAGCGCCUGCCUUGCAAGCAGGCAGUUGUGAGUUCAAUCCCUGGUACCGAUUAAAAAAAAAAAAAGAGGCAAAAAGAUCAGACUACAUUUACAAUAUGAUCAGCUUUUUGCCCAAUAAUAACUGUUAGGUCCCCCAUCUGAGAGACAGCAUAAUUAAUCAUCAUGGCAACGGUUCAAAACUGUGCCCUGAUAAUACACACUUCUUUCUCAGAAGCCCCUAUAGCUUCUUCCUCCCAAAGGUCUGCCAAAGCUCAGGCAUGUAAAGGUUUACCCAUUCCCCUGCACUCUUAACAGAACAAAUCAGCUUACAUCAGUCCUCAGGGCUCUACCCCCAUCAGAGCCUGUAUCAGGCAGAACCUGUCCUUUGUCUGCAGGGAGAGCCACACAGCCUUCUCUGUGAUGACUCACUCUGUGCCCUCCCCCAUUAAACUUUCUUAUCUACUUGCCUCCUCUCUUUAAUAUUCUGUGCUGCUCUAGAUUGAGUACAAGUCACUCAAUCAGUAACCUCAAAUUUCAGUAAUUUUAGACAAUCUUUAUUAUUUCUCAUGAUUCUUUGGGUGACCUGGGUGAUAGUUCUAGUCCUGAGUCAGCUCAGCUAGACUUGGCUGUCGUGGUCUCACUCACAUAACUGGUGUUUGGCUCAGCAUCAGCUGGGGCAGGACAGUGGGGAUGAUUUGGUCGCUUGUCUAUUGUGGUGCAGCUGUAUGGCUUGGGCUUAUUCAUCUUCCAGCUUCUUGUGUCAUAUUGCCAGUGUCCAAUUGGCCAGAGCAAGAAAGAUAGUUAACCCUGAGGUGACUGGCAACCCAGUGGCUUAAACAAAGGGAGUUUGUCAUCAUUUUGUACACAACCUGCCACAGCUUGGGAAACAUUAAAAUCAUCACAGUUCCACAGUGUGGGAAUUUCAUGGGGACACAUUUCAAGUCUAUCUAAAGAACUUUCUGCCUCAGGAGAACAGAAGUAAGCUACCAGUAAAAGAAGGACUUUGUCAUUAAAUGUGCUGAAAGGAUUUUGGAACCUUUUGUUUUCCCAACUGGAACCUGUUACAUCAUUUCCUCCAGGAAACCUUGCCUGCACAUCACUCGAGCGUGCUAGAUACUGGUACUCCUGUUUGUGCUAAACUCUCUAGCCUCCUCCCUUCUCCCCUCUGUCUAUUUGUUUGUCUGUCUCUGUCUCUCACGUUUCUGUGGCUCUGCCUGUCAUACCUUAACGGAUUUGCUCAAGUAUCUGUCUUGUCUAUGAGAUGAAACUUCUUGAGGCUACAGGUAAUUUACAAUUCAUCCUCUCAGUGCCAGUGUCUUCAAAAAAAUUGCCGGUGGGUGUGGUGGCACAUGCCUGCUAUACCUGCACUCAAACUGAUGCAGGAGGAUUGCCACAAAUUCAAGACCAGACUGAGCUACAUAGUAAGUUCAAGGCCACUUGAACUACAAAGCAAGACCCUGUCUCAAAAAACCAAAAAAAGAAGAAAAAAGAAAAGAAAAAGAAAAAAAGCAGUUGUGCCAUGCUCAGUUUACCUCUCGGUAGCAACCCCAAGCCAUAGAAUCUAUGUUCCUUAUGGAAAGAGUUAGGGAGAAAAAAAGAGUUCCCGCCAGUUGAGAUUGCCUCUUUUAAAGAACAUUUCCAUAAAUUUUACUAAACUGUACCUUUUUGUUUUUCUUUGAACUGCAUGAGGAUAUUAUUCAGCCUAGACAAGUGCCCUACCACAGAGCUACAUCCCCUACCCAAACCGCCCUCCUGUGCUUAUGUCAUUAGAUAUAGCUCUGUGCAAGGAAGACUGGGGAAAUAGUUUGGGCUAUGUAUGUUGUUACCUCCAAUAUUUUAGUAGUGUUAAAAACAAAAUUAUAGGGCUGGGAAUUUAGCUCAGCUGCAUAAGCACCUGCCUUGCAAGUGUGCAGUCGUGAGUUCGAUCCCUGAUACCGAUAAAAACGAAAAAGACAAAAAAAGGGGGGGGGUUAAUGAAAAGCUUUUAAUGAAGAAAUUAUUUACAGUUCCUCAGGCUAUAAACAUGAGAUAGUAUUGCAGCUGGUUGAUAUUACCACCCUAGCCACUGUAGACAGAGGUGUUCUUAUUCCUUGAACCCAGCAAACUCUAUGACCUGGGUCUAUGGCAGGGUCCCUUAUUGAAGAAGCUGUGACCUUGGUCAAGGAAAAUACUUUUGGCAAACCACAUUCUGGAAGGGAAAGAGGAUAGAGUAUUAAGUAUUUAGCUCUUUUCUUCUUGCUCUCUGAUCUCUUCCUGGUAUCCAAGUAGAAGUCAGAAGACCUGGAACCCUGGACAUUAGCCAUUUACUUCCUCUUCUCCUCCUCCUUCUUUCACUCUCUCUCUCUCCCUUUUUUUUUUUUUUUUUUUUUUUUUUGUACUGGGAUCAAACUCAAAACCAUGUGCAGGGAAAACAGGAGCUUAUGCUGCUGAGCUAAAUCCCCAGCCCCUCCUUCUCCUUUUGAGGGGAGCAAUACUGGGGAUUAAAUCAAGAGCCCUGUACUACAAGGGCUGUCUCUACAACUGAGCUAGAUUCAUGGGUCCCCUUUUAAUUUUGAGACUAGUUGGCUUUGAACCUGUGACAGUCAUGCUGCAUCAGCCUCUUGAGUUGCUGGGGUUACAGGUGUGUGUCCCUAUGCCUUGUCUCCAGAUUUGCCUUCUGAUGCAUGAGACACCACAGAACAGAGGAUCAAAGGGGAAAGGGUACAGACCAAGCACACCCGCCUUGUCAGAGUCCACAUUCCUUAGAUUAGCACUGGUCUUUCUGACUUGUCAUCUUCAAACAUAAGUCUCUUCAUCAUUCUGUGUCCCACAGUACCCCAUUACUGUAUAAUAAAGAUGUGAUUCAUAAACAAAUUAGUAUUGUUUUGAAUGGUGAAUCUGAAACACGCAGUUACCAGGUCACAUAGCAAAACACACUUGCCUGCUCAGACUCAUCAUAAGGAUGAAGGAGUUAUCCUACAUAUAUACAUGUUACAAAUGACUAUUUUGGGGCUGGGGAUUUAGCUCAGCGGCAUAAGCGCCUGCCUUGCAAGCAGGCAGCCGUGAGUUCGAUCCCCGGUACCGAUAAAAAGGAAAAAGACAAAAAAGAAAAACAAAUGACUAUUUUACAGAGGCUGAGAGAGCUAAGUAACCUGCUCAAGGUUUCACAUUGGUUGUAGCACUUGCACACAGCCAGUUGUGGGAACCUAGAAAAUUACCUGGCCUCUCUGAAGUUCUGUUUUCUCAACUAUAAAACAGGUUUGCACGGACUUGGAGACAGGCUGCACACUUCCUGGCCUGUUGUACUCACUAUAUAUUAGAUCCAGAUUUAUCCCAUAUUCCUAUAUGGCUUUUACAGAGAGACAUCUGUCGCAUUCAUAUGUAAUAGAAGGUAAUAGUAACAUUUUUAAAACUUGACCUAUGGGGGCUGGUGAGAUAGCUCAGUGGCAUAGUGCCUACUGGCAAGUGUGAGAGUGUGAGUUUGAUUCUUGGUACAAAAAAAGAAAAAAAAAAAAGCUUGACCUAUGUUCCAGGAGUAGUGGCUGACACCUAUAAUCCCAGCACUCAGGAAACUGGGUUGCUGUGAGUUCAGGGCCAGCCUGGGCUCUAAUAGUUCAAGGUGAGACUGGACUACACAUCAAGACCCUGUCUCAAAAAAACAAGGACUUCUGGGAAGAUGAUGGAGUGGCUAGCCACAGAGAAGUAGCCUCUGAAAUUUGGUGUCCCAAUGCUGAGAUAUAGUAACAAGAGGAAGAGAAAAGGGAAAUGGGUCCCCAGGAACCAGCAAGGAUAAAAAGUGAGAACAGAAGCCCACAGGGAGAGCAAAGAGAGAGACCUCAGUGCACAAGAAGGAAGGUAGCAAGCUCAAUUUCCUCAUUGCAUGUGAAGGGCAAUUUGAACCUGCAGAUACACAGUGACUACUGGCAACCUCAGAGUCCUCUAUGGAGAAAUGCACCAGUGGAAUGGAGCAGUGGACACAGCAGACUGUGCUGGCUGGUGAGUUACUCAGUUUCAGACAUACCCCAGCAGAGAGUGAUUGCAGUAGCCAUCUUGGAGGGGAGCCAACUGAGCUGGGAACUGAGAACAGCUGCAGGCUGUCUCCAUCUAGUAGCUGUCAGUGCCAGAGUGAGAUGGAACUGCGUUCAAGCUGGCAGGAGGCACUCAGAGUGUUAUGGGUUGAACAAAUUGGGUUACAGCCUCAUAGCUAGAAACCAUCCUGAACUUCAGUGAAACUAAAGGUGCAAACUUGCUGGGAUAAUCCAUUAUUCCUCCUGUAAUGGAUAACAUUAAAACUAUGCCUGGCUUGCUGGGAUUGAUCAACAUAGAUCUGGACUUGUCUGUCCAUUUGGUUUAUCUGUGACAGCUGCGAAAUGCCUUGAUGUGGAUGGGUGUUUUGUGUGGGUGUGUCUUUUUUUCUCAUUUUCUUUUUCUUUGUUUUUUGUUUGUUGUCUUUUUGAAACAGUCUCACUAUGCAGUUCAGGCUGGUCUCAAACUUGCAACAUUCAUCUGGCCUUAGCUUCCCAAGUGCUGGGAUUACACUUAGCUUGUUGUUUUUGUUGUUAUUGUUCUUCUUCUCUUCUGUUCUUAUUUUUACUUCUUUGGUCUCUCUUUCCUACCAUUCUUUGCUAGUGUCUUGGUUACUUUUCUCUUAAUGCGAGAUAAAAUACCUGAUAACCAAAAUUAAGGAAAGAAAAGUUUAUUUAGCUCACAGUUUUCGGGGGCCAGGUUUAGUCCAUAAUCAACUGGCUUCAUGGCAAGAUGGCAUGGCCCAGGGCAAUACUUCAAGGUGGCAGAAGACAGCAAAAGUAGUAAGUGCAAAAAGAGGGGAAACAGGAGACCGAAGCAAUGCAAAGGAAAAAAGAGUAACCCAAGGUUGCAGCUGCCACCAUGAGCCUCCUCAACAAGCCCAAGAGUGAGAUAACCCCAGAGGAGCUGCAAAAGCGGGAGGAGGAGAAAUUUAACACAGGUCCACUCUCAGUGCUGACCCAGUCAAUCAAGAACAACACCCAGGUGCUCAUCGACUGCCGCAACAACAAAAAACUCCUAGGCCUGGUGAAGGCCUUUGACAGGCACUGCAACAUGGUGCUGGAGAACGUGAAAGAGAUGUGGACUGAGGUCCCCAAAAGCGGCAAGGGCAAGAAGUCCAAGCCAGUCAACAAGGACUGCUACAUCUCCAAGAUGUUCCUGCAUGGGGAGUCUGUCAUCAUGGUGCUGCGGAACCCACUUAUCGCUGUCAAGUAGGGGCCUCGUCCUUGCUGUCAGGACCAGGCAUUUUCAUCUUGGGUAGGCGUACAGCUUUAAAUCUGAAGGAGACAAAGCCAAAGCAACAAUUACAUAUGCAUGAGCCAAAUAAUAGAAUUAACAGGAUUAGUAUGAGUACAAUUAACAGAGAUUUCCACCAAGAGGAGCUAUAAUGGCUUCCCAUAAGGAGGGUAAGGAUAAGGUCCAGGAAAUUUUAGAAUCUGACAUAUCAUUGAUUUGUCAUCUAACUUCUUGAACAGUUAAUUGAAAUAUUAACAGAAGGAUCAGGAAUGUACACAUAUUUAGUUUUUACAAUUGCAUAAGUACCUCCAGUGUUGUUAGAAUGUCUAAUGCCAUCAAAGUUUGGAGGUCUGUCUUAUUAAUAAAAAAAAAGAUUUCUUAAAAUAGCAAGAGUCCCACUGUUUGAAAGUCCACUUUAUAUGCUUUAAUUUUGUAACUUGAACAACUAUUUCUAAGAUAACAAUAUGUAUGUAUUAACUAGUGAUUUCCUAUUGUUUAUUUUUUCUGAAAUUCUGUAUAACUUGUACCCUAUUUCUGUUUUUAUCUUUCUUUUUCUCCUUAAUAAAAAAAAAAAAAUAGCAAGAGUCCACAAAUCAGUCCAGCACCUGCUAGAUGAUGUGAAGAAGAAUAACAUAAGAUUGAUCAGAGUCAGUGAAAAAGCAGGAGAUAGAACAAACAGCAUAAAAAACCUGUUCACAGAGUAAUGGCAGAAAAUAUCCCAAGCAUGAAAAAAUUUGACAUAUAGAUAAAUGAGGCAUAUAGAACGCUAAUUAGCCAUGAUCAAAAGAAAUCUACACUGAGGCAUAUAAUACCAAAUUCCAGCUGGAGAUAUAGCUUUCUGGCAUAAGCACCUCCCUGACAAAUGCAAGGUGCUGAGUUUGAUUCCUGAUACCAAAAACAUCCAGAAAUUCACCCCAAAAAUGGGAUAUUGAAAAUUGUUAUAAAGGAAAACCCAUUAGAAUCACAGCAGUCUUCUCAGUACAAACCCUCAAGUCAAGGAAAACUUGAAAUAUUUUAAACCCUAAAUGAAAACAAUCUCCAACUUAAGACUGCUGUCCCUCACUAAACUAUCUUUCAAAAUUGAUGGAGAAGUAAGGUACUUCCAUGAUAAAGAACACCUGAAGAAAUUCUUAACCACUAAACCAGCACCCCAAAAUAUUCUGAAGGAAAAAAACAGUAUUCUGAAGGACAUUUAAGUGGCACAGUUUGUAAUAGCUAAGUUUUGGAAACAGCCCAAAUGUCCAUCAUCCAAUGAAUGGAUAAAGCAGAUGUGUUUUUUAAUACAAUGUAGUACUGCUGUGUCAUAAAGAAGGAUAAGUUUGAGACAUUUUUAGUUAAAUGAAUGUGUCUUGAGACCGUGCUCCUUAGUGAAAUAAAUUGGACAUGCAUGUUUAUAUACCACAUUAUUUCUCUGGUAUGAGAAACCAAAAGUGUAAAUAAGAGCCAGAAGGUAUAAUGAUGUUGGGAAAUGGGAAGAAAAUGUUCAAACGAAGGGGAAAAUGAAAAAAGGGUCAAGAAAAAAAAAAAAGAAUACCAGGAAAAAGUGGAAACAAAACUUUCAUAAAUAAAGGAAAGAAGGGUUAAAGAGAUGGUGGGAAAAAAGCAAGAUCAUGUAUAGGUAUAAAUUCACUGUGAUGAAUGUUAUCGUGUUUUUUUAAAGAAUAAAAAUCUUAAAAAACAAAACAGAAUAAAGCCAAUCAAAACAAAAUAGUGAAAAAAAAUAGUGAAUGUGGUACAGAACUUCAAAACAGAAUAAUAGGAAAGCAUAAUGGCAUAGUAUCUCUUGCUAUCCUCACCAUCCAUACCAUCAGACAUAGCAAAAUCAAACAAAAUAAGACCAAUCAGAACAGAGCAUUAAAUAAAACAUAACAGUAAAUCAGAACAAAACUAAACAGAACAGUGUUGGAUUUCAGAAGCAAGGUAAAUCAGAAGGCCUUGGGUUGCAGCUCAGUGCAGAGGCUUUGGGUUCAAUCUCCAGUACCCCUUCCCCCACAAAAAAAAGAAGCCUCAAAAAUUUAAGCAGAGUGGAGGAUUUAGCUCAGCAACAUAAGCGCCUGCCUGGCAAGUGUGUGGUUGUGAGUUUGAUCCCUGGCACAAAGUUAAGCAGAAUCUUACUUAUCUAGUACUAUAAAUUAAAUUAAAGUUCCCAGAAUAGCCAUGACCCUUAGAUUUACAAAAACAAAAACAACAACAAAAACCACUUUUAAGUUGAGAAAAUAACCAAAAUAGCUGAAGCUGAAGCCCAGGGCAUGAAAAUUACAGAUACUAUGUAACUGACCUAUGCUCAACAAAGGAAGCCUACAAUGGCGGCCAAUAGAAGAGAGAAAAAGUAGAAAAGGCAAGAAAGGUGGGAUGUUUACUUCCAGAAAGAAUGCAAAUGGUUAAGAUAAGAUAGAACCACAGGGAUAUAGUGCAGGACACCAGUCAGGUGGCAGAGUGGCGUGAAAGGAAGUGUGUUGUUAGGAGUGUCAGUCAGAAAAUCCAAGGCAUGUUUAGUUCAGUGAUUCAUGCAGGCACAGGUGUGUUUUGCAUAGUGUCAAGCAGCACACAGUGCUUCUCCAGGCUCUACUGGCAAACUAACCCCUAUCGCAGAUAUGGAAUUUGCACUGUAUGUAUAUCUAAAUGCAAAAGAGCUGGAAGCUGGAAUGUGGGUCAGUGAUAGAGCACUUGUCUUGUACAAGGUCCUGGGUUCAAUCCCCAACACCAGAAAAAAAAAAAUGUUCUAUUCAUCUUAAGAAACAGCAUUAGGAUUUGAAUCCAAAUAUUGUUGUUGUCUUUGCGUAUACCAUAUGUGCUUACCAUUUCAUUUUUUUUAAUAAUAGUACUGGGCUACAAUCUCAGUUUUUUUUUUUUGAGACAGAGUCUCACUGUGUAGUUCAGGCUGGUCUUAGACUUACUGUGUAGCCCAGACUAAUGUCAAACUCACAGUGAUCCUCCUGCCUCAGCCUCCUGAGUGCUGGAAUUACAGGUAUGCACUACUGCACCUGGUUUGUAAUUUUAUUUUGACACAAGGCCUUGCUGGGCUUGAAUUUGCCGUUCUGCUUUGGUUUCCCAGACUAGUGGAAUUACAGGUAUGCACCAUCAAACCCAGCUCUCACUGGGUUUGGUAUAAAGGAUUCAAUCUCCAGGACUACGAAAAAAGGGCCAGGGAAGAGUAAGGGGAAGGGGGAGGGAAAAAGGGGAGUGGGUAACUCACAGUGAAUUUAGGGUUAUAUUAAGCCUGAAACCCAGCCGGAGUAGAGAGCACUGCUUUAGCUAGAGGACAGAUGCUGCAUGACGGACCUGCUCUGAGCAGGUCCAAAUCUCAUCUCAUUCACAUGAUUUGUUAUGUAUAUAGAGAUCCUUGAACACUUAAACAUGGGUAUAUAUCUUUUGCACUUUUUUUCCCUAAGUACACUUCAGAUAGUGUUUGCUUUCCUGUUUUCAAUGAAUAAAUGGUGAAUGUCUUUCAGGUUGUUAAAGGUCUUCUAAUCUCAUCGUUUUCAGUGCCGCCAUACCUUUAUGUAUCUAAUACAUUAAUUUUUCAUGGAAAUAACAAAAUUUCAUAACCAAAUAAUAGAAUAACAAUAGAAACUAGUAGUAUAACUAUCUUGUAUUUAGGGGUGUUUUUCCCUUUCCCUUCCUUCCUUUCUCCUUUCCCACAACCUAGUUCCUUUUUCCUUUUGAACAAAUUCUUCCCAUUUCACAAUAUCUAUUGUACAUUUUGGACCUGUGUAUACUCCUGGAGACAAUACGAUGUUUACACUUAUGAGUCUUGAUUUAUUUCACUUAUGAAUAUAGUCUCAAGUUGUCUCCCUUUACCUAUAAAAGUCUUGUACCAAGGAUAUAGCUCAGUGGCACAGUGCCUGCCUGGCAAGUUUGAUUCCCAGUACUUUAAAAAAAAAAAAAAAGCCUCAAGCUUAUCCUUUUUAUAGCAGAGUAAUACUCCAUUCUAGAAAAAGAUCAUAUCUUUUUUACCUGCUUCCCUGUUGAUGGACAUUUGGCCUGUUUCCAAGAUUUAGCUAUUACAAAUUGUGCUGCUGUAAACAUGGACGCGCAUAUAUCACUGUAAUAUGAUGCUAGCCUAUUACUUUACAACAGCAAGUAGAAACACCAAAACAACAAGAUUUGGAGGCAUAUUAAGCACUGAUUAGGAUCAUUUCCAGCAUAUCAUACCCUGAUCUCUGGUAGUUUAGGCCUUUAUAUAUAUGAGAUAAGCAGGAAGUACAGAGGCAGAAUGGCUUGUCAGUUGGGGAUUGUUUUAUACAAUGUGCAUCAUAGUGACCAGCUGUUUCUAAAACACAGAAGCAACCAGAUCUCAACAGGAAAUAUUACCUGGGCAACUGAGAAACUGAAGUAUACUGGGGGGGGGGCAUUUUCUAUUACAGCUUUUAUUGGACAUCUAGAUAUGUUCCAGUUUUUCAAUACUAUUUUCAGUAUUAAUAAAGGUGAAUUACGAAUUUUAAAUAAACCGGACGUGGUGGCUCACGCCUAUAAUCCCAGCACUUGGGAGGCUGAGGUGGGAGGGUUGUUGGGAGUUUGAGACCAGCCUGGGCUACAAAGUGAGCUCAAGGCCAGCCUGAACUGUAUAGCGAGACUCUGUCUCACAAAAAGACAAAAAAGGGGCUGGGGAUUUAGCUCAGUGGCAUAAGUGCCUGCCUUGUAAGCAGGCAGUCAUGAGUUCGAUCCCUGGUACCGGUAAAAAGGAAAAAGACAAAAAAGAAAAAAGAAUUUUAAAUAAAUCUUUGCCAAGGAUGCCUGGCCAGACCAGAUGGACAUGUCUGUGUCUGGACAAGCCUGAUAACAGAACAUUCCUCCUUUUGUUUAACUGAUGAUCUUACAGUAUAAUUAAAAUGUAACAGGAUAUUUCUUCCACUGUAUAACAUAUGCUUUGUAUAACUGAUGACCUUUACACCCCCUUAGCAACCUAAAGAUGUUACCCAAACCUUCCAAUCAUAAUGCACUGAAUCUGCGUUUGUACCUCCCCCUUGCCUUCUCCAUAAAAGCCCCAGAGACCCGCUGGGAGAUGCUGGCUCUUUGGACAAAUCCCAGUCAAGGCCACUAGUGUAAUAAACUGCCUCCUAAAACUCCUCAGUGCUGUAUCUUCCCAUGUUUGUUCUCUUUUUCCAUAGCAUUAAAACUAAGCAUCUUUAAGUUGAUGCGAUAGCACACACCUGUAAUCCUAGCACUCAAGAAGGGUGAGACAGGAGGAUCUUUGGAAAUUCAACACCAGCCUGGGCUACAUAGGGAAUUCAAGAAUAGACUCAACUAUGUAGCAAGAUCCUGUCUCCAAAAAUCAAAAAAAAAGAAAAAAAAGGAGAAGAAUCUUUUUAGUCUAUGUAAUUCUUCUCUGUCUUGUUUGUUUUUUUUUUUUUUUUUUUGGUUUUGCUUUUUUGAAAUUUUUUUUUUUUUAAUCGGUACAGGGGAUCGAACUCACAACCGCCUGCUUACAAGGCAGGUGCUUAUGCCGCUGAGCUAAAUCCCCAGCCCCUUGGUUUUGCUUUUUGAGACAGGGUCUUACUAUCAUAGUUCAGGCUGGCCUUGAACUCACUAGCCCAGUGUGGCCUUUAACUUGUAGCAAUCCUCCUGCUUAAGCCUCUUGAGUCCUGGGAUUACUUUCUCUUUCCUCUUGUACUGCUUUUUGCUUUCCACUCUUUUUUUCUUUGUCACAUAACAAUACAACCAUGAAGUUUUAUGUAAGGAGGAUUUUUGUGAUGUUGUUUCAAGACAGGGCCUCAUCAUGUUCUUAAGGCUGGCCUGGAACUCAUGAUAUAGCCUCAAAUUCUUGGUGGUCUUUAUGCCUCAGCCUCCCAAGUGCUGGAAUUAAGGCAUAUACUACCAUGACUUUUGCAAAAAAGAACUUUGAAGAUAGUCAUACUCCUUAUUUUGUAGUUAAGGCCCCCAAAGCUAAAUGACUUGACCAAAGUUACAAGGAAAGAAUGUAGCAGAAGAGUUGUAACCCUAAUUUACCCACUUUGUUUUUUAGGACAGAGUUUUGCUAUAUAGUCCCGACUGGCCUUUAGCUUAUUACAUACUCUGGGUGGCUCAUAUUUACCAUUAUCCUUCUUCCUCAGCCUUCCAGUUGCUGGGAUUACGGAUAUGCCUCACUACUGGUACCUUUACCCACUUUUCGUUUUCCUGCCUUCUCUGAUUUGCAGGAGAUGGCUACUACUGUUAUCCUUCAGUUUCCAUGGAGAAGAUUUAGCAGUUUGUCACUGGAAUUUGUUUUACAGUUUUGAAAAAGAUGGUGACAUAUGUGUUUGUGUGGCGAAGAUGGCUGUAGUUGCGUUUGUUACCCAAUACAGAGUUUGCAAACAAAAACAGAAUUUUACAAAAUGUUUCUGUUUGUGAAUCAAAUUCUUUACAAAUAAAAGCAUUCAUGAACCAAGGUACCACUGUACCCAUUUGUGUUUUUUGGGCAGAGAAUUUACUGCCUCCAAAUACAAGCUAAUUUAGUGGCCUCAUCUGAGUGUGCCCUUCCCUACUAACUGUGGCAUGUUG